GAAAUGCAUUCGAAACAUUUCCAACCAAUCAUAGCGUAGAGCGUAGGGAGUGCCGUUGUUUGAAUGCUCAGCGGAAACGCACACAGUCCUGUCGCUGAUUUGACGAGCGAACCGUGGUACAAUGCAAUUCGUUAGCUAACGAGUCGCAUUUGGUGUAAUUCAUACAUUCAGCUAAAAGGGGUAAAGGUAGUAUUAAGUCGUGUGACACCGAGAAGAUGUUUUGUUUUUUCCGACUGAGGCUGGUCAACGAGUUGAUGUGAUUUGCUGACCUAGCUGGCUAGCGUUAGCCAGCUAACCGUACUGCAACCGAAAUAUGAAGCUAGCCACUAGACAGCUGCUACAUAAUGUAAGGUUAUUCCAGUCGUUAGAAUCUUUUUUAGACUGACUGAACUCAUAGUUGUUACAGUUGGUAGACGAUUGUAGAGCUCAAGCGAGCAGUUCUACGGGAGGACGAUUUAGCGUUAGAAGUCUGUAGAAAAGCUGGGCUGAAGGCAGAACUGAUACCACUGCGGAUGUCAGUUUACUUGGGUAACGUUACUAACAGAAGAUAGUAAACGAACUAUUCCAAGCCUACUUUUAAAGUGCAUGGUAAAAUUGCUAAAUGAAAAGUCAUGGAGAGAAAUGUGAUGCGUCUGUUGGCCGUGCAACACCUCCGCACAGCGUACGGGAUAAAGACGAAGAACUGGAACAAAAACAAAGCAGCCAACUGUAGGUCAACAACCAGCAACUCGACAAAGGUUUUUGGUUUGUCCCUGGAGAACUUACCGCACUAUAAUAUGGAAUGUGGGAGCGUGCCAAGCUUUUUGGUCGAUGCAUGCAUGAAGCUGCUGGCUCAUGUCGACACAGAGGGCCUAUUCAGAAAAUCAGGCUCCGUCAUUCGCCUGAAAGCUCUCAAGGCAAAACUAGACAUGGGUGAGGAGUGCCUGUCCACUGCUCUUCCCUACGAUGUGGCCGGUCUGGUGAAGCAGUUCUUCAGGGAGCUACCGGAGCCUGUGCUACCCACAGAGCUGCAGGAGGCCUUCCUCAGGGCACAGCAGCUCCCUACCGAGGAGGAGAGGACCUCUGCCACCAUGCUGCUGUCUUGUAUACUGCCUGACAGAAACCUGAGCACCUUGCAUUAUUUUUUUGACUUCCUCCACAAUGUGUCUAAGAGGAGUGCAGAGAAUAAGAUGGACAGCAGUAACUUGUCUGUAAUCUUGGCUCCCAACCUCCUCCAUGCUGGAGAUGCUACAGAAAAGAUGAACGCCAACACUGAGAAACGCCUCAAGCUACAGGCAGCUGUAGUGUGCUGCUUCAUAGAGAAUGUCAACAGCUUUGGUGUCUUGCCACAGUUCCUUCUAGAGAAGGUCCCAGCUAUGAUGGGCUGUGAGGCAGCGCUUCUGUCCCCUACUAAUGAUGAGCCUGAGGAGCUGCAUGUAAACUCAGGGAUGAAGAGGAAACACAGACGCAGCUUCGGUGAUAUGGUCAAUGGUGCUCUGAGUAAGAUUAAAACUAACAGAACACCAACAAAUGCCACCCAGUCAGACAGUCUUGUCUUUUCUUCUGCAACUCCUGUGAUUGCAACACCGACCUCCAAGCGAAAACUUCCUUUGGAAUCUGGUUACUCUUUUGGAUUCUCAAACAAAAAACGUAGAUCUGUUAAAAAGAACCUUGGGAUAGAUUUACUUCCCAAUACUUUGUUCAGUGGAGCCUCCACUCCUGGAUCAGCUUACAGUGCUUCGGGGGUCUUGGACUCUCCCCGAAAUACCCUGUCCUCAGUAGGGAGGUCUAGAAGGCCGUUAGCUACCUCUGCAAGGAGGAAGAGCCAGCAACUUAGCAAGAGACAUGCUGUCAACAGAGCUGAGUCUGGCAGGGCUGGAUGCUUUUCUCCUAAAGUCAGCAAAAAAGAGGCAGCACACAAGUCUCUACGUAUGCGUUUCAGCCUGGGGAAAAGCAGCAAAGAUGCCGGAUCGGAGUCCAUUGGCUGGCGGCUUGCCACGCAGGAGAGCACCACCAGUUUUUGUUUCACCAAAGAGACAGAGUUCAGUCCAUCAAUUCAUCCUAGAAAUACUGAAUCCAAGAGCUCCAAGUACAUCAGUAAAUCUGAAGACAACUUGCUGACCCCCCAGUGUGACUCACGUGCCCAUCAGACAUGGAGAAGGGACACCCCAGUAGGAGCCCAGGCUUUCAGCAGAGGGUCUUUCACAGACACUCCUACGAACAUGUGUCUAAAGAACAGCUACAUGUCUGAGCCUGCCAUUAUCAUAUCCAAGCCCUCAUCCGUGACCAGCUUUCCCAAGAAGCUGUGUUGUGCUUCCAGUGCUGAGAGCCUCGAGACUGAGUGCUCUGUCAGCAGACCCCUGCGCCAAAUGGGUCCCACCUCUUUGAAAUUCAAAAAUGCCUUCACAGAGUCGGGCAGUUGCCCUCAAGCUGUUAUGCAGGACUCCUGUAGCUCUGCAUAUUUGACCAGAAUGUUAGAGAGCAUCACAGGCCCUCCACCAGAGACUCCUGUUCUAUCUCUGCACACUGAAGCCUCUAGCUUCCCAAAUCAGCAGAGCUUUCUGGCAAAUGAACAUAACAUUACCUUUGAUAAAAUUGAAAUUGCCGCUUUGUCUCCUUUGCAUAUUGAUAGUGUCAUUUCUGAGUCUGUUGUAUGCGGUAAUCCAGCCAUAAAGGAUGCCAAAGAAACUUGCUGUGCUGCUGCUGUCAGGAGCCAUAACAGCUCCCUGUUGGGAGAUGGUAAAAAGGAGACAAAGGAGGUGAACUGCAGCAGGCUGAUUGAUGCCCUGGACAUCCAGAGUCCGGCUCACUUCAAAUUGGGCUUCUCCUCUGGGCUGCAGUCCACUCCAUACAAGCUGGGCCUUGAACUCGAAGACGAGCAUGGUUCACCUUGUAGAGUUGAUAUGGUAGUCAGCACAGUAUAUGAAGAAGAGAAUUCUACCGAAGUCCCAAACAGACAUCCCUUCUCACCACUCACCUGUGGGACUGAAAAGUGCCGGGUGGCCGAUCACAUUCAACACUUCAACAAGCUCACCCUUCGUUCUCCCAGAAACUCCAACGCUAAACAAAUCAGAUCGCCGCUCAAGUUCCAGCGUACCCCUGUGCGUCAGGCUGUCUGCAGGAUCAACUCUCUUUUAGGAGAAAGCAGGAGACCCACCAGAAAUGCAGGAGUCAUCACCAGCAAGAGCGGUCAUGUGGUGAAAGCAGUGAGUCUGGAGAGCGGCCUCUCCCCUCACCCACAGCUUCAGCCUUACCAGGAAGAGCCACAGGCGGGAUGUUCCAACAGCAUGUGCCAUAUAAAGAAGCCACCUCCAGUUCCACCCAAAAAGCCAAGCACCUUGGGCUGUAGAGCCAAGAUUUGUGCUCUGGGUGACAUGACCAACAUUGUCCAAGCAAAGAGCAAAGUGGCCUCUUCGGUCCCUGAUUUAUCAGGAACUCGGAGGAUCCUUGUACAGCAGGGAUCAGAGAAAGACACGAGCCAUUACAGAGGUUCACCUAGGAACCCUCUGAACCAAGGGCGACUGCUGUCUGCUACUAAACCUGUAGAUUUAUAGCUUCUAUUCUUUUUUGACUUUUGUGUUUUGUCUUUACUAUGCAGGUCCCUGUCUGGUGAAACUAUAGGAAAUUAAACAUUCCAGCUUCUAAUAGCCAUAUUUUCAGGGUUUUAAUUUAUUUUUAGCUACAGCUCUUUAUUGCAUUAGGGCCUUAAUGGGACAUGUUCAUAUGCUUUAGUUUAACUGUAGUAAAACAAGUUGAAAAGCUAAAUGCUGAUGCAAAGUCUUGAAGAUUGUGUUAGCUUAUGUUUAGAUCAUAGCAUGCAGGCCAAAUUGUGAUUGAUGGUAUGACUUGGAAUGUUUUGAUCAAGUCUUGUGCUUUUUACUUUAAUCGUUAGGGGGUGGGGGGGGGGGGGAAGCUGUUUCUUAUUACACAAUAGUUUCUUACCCUGUCAUGAACAGAAGGGGGGAAAAAAAUGCAAGUUUUCAUUUUAAUUUUAUGGAAACAAAAGGGCAGUAUUAAUCAAAUCAUGUCAGUUGCAGUCCAUGAAUUUCAAAACCAUCAGGGAGUGAAAUGCUUUGGCAUGUGAAUAGCUUCAGACAAAGUCAACAGCACGUGUCGGGCUCGGGUGCUGCCUGGAGAAAUUCAGUGUAGAGCCACAAGGGGGAGUCAUACAUUUACUUCUUGGACAAGAACAGACUGACAUGUUCAGUGAAACUUAGUCAAAGUCAGUUCUGACACUGAAAUGACUUUUUCUAAAAAGCCCUUGGUAAACAAAUGUAGAUUUGUGACCCAGGCAGAGGAAAAUAAACUCCAUCUCCUGGUAGAACACUGUGGAUGUGGUACAGUACAUGAUUUUAACGUGAAAGUAAAUGGUGGUGUUUUCUCAUGAAGAAUUUGUGGUGAUUUGGUGUUCACAAACCCUGAGAUAGCAGGACAGAUUAGACUUGGACUCAGGUUAUCAUCUAACCUCUUACUACAGAUAGCACUCCGUUUACCUGGUUGUCCACAUUCAGGCCUCGUGCUGUAAUGUAUAUACAGUAUAUCACAGGCUGGACAGCUGGGUUUAGACCAUGUGUUAAACAGAUGGGUUUAUUGUGAGAAAAGAUGUUUGAAUUUUAAAUGUCUGCCUUUCUGAAAUGUUAAGUAUAAGAAUCCAUGGAGAAUGUUCAGUACAGGGAAACCUCCACAAUGGACAAUAACUCCAUUAAGCUGCAUGGAUGUUUUGGGUUAAAUAUUCUCAUUCUUAACAGUUUUAUUUCUUAGAAUAUCAUAAAGGCUGAAGAAAGAUUCCUCAGCAAAGGCCAUUAUAAGUCACCAAUGUUCCAGAAAAACCUGCUAAACAUCACCACUGAAUAAAUAAUCAGUGGAGCACAGGCAAUAUGUGACUAUAUGGUCUUGAAAUUCCUAUUUGCUUCUGAGCAAAUGUCCUUUUAUAUUUAGGCUGUUAAUCAUAAGUUGAUUUUUGAUUUGAUCUGUUGUGAUGGCUUUAUUAAAUCAAGGUUUCUGACUGGUAGCUUACUGAAAUGUUCAGCUGUUCACAAUGACUGUGUAAAAAUGUCUGUUUUGAAGA